ACAAUCUCCCUCCCUCUCUCACUAUCUCUUUCAGUCUUCCUCCACAAGUUUUUAUUUUAUAUUAUAUACUUUACUAAACAAAACAGAACCCCCUUCUUCCUCUUCUUCCAUCUUACGCUUCAGAUUCGUAUUUAAACUCUCAUUGCAUACUCCUUCACUUCAUUUCCUCAAAGAGAAAUUCGUUUCAAUGGAAAGCAAUUCUCCGUCCAGUGCGUUUCUCGGUGUCCGUUUCGUUCUCUUCGGCUUCGAUCCCGUCAAUGAAAACAAGGUUCGGUGUAAACUUGUAUAUGGCGGCGGAGUUGAUGUUUGUCAGUACAACCAAAGUUGUACUCAUGUAAUUGUCGAUAAGAUUGUUUAUGAUAAUCCUGUAUGUAUUGCGGCUCGAAAUGAUGGUAAGACUCUUGUGACAGCAUUAUGGGUUGAGCAUACCUUUGAUAUCGGAAUGCCCGUUGAUGCCAAUUCAAUCAUGUACAGGCCACUCAAAGAUCUGAAUGGUAUACCGGGUGCAAAAAAUUUAAUCAUAUGCUUAACUGGCUAUCAGCGGCAAGAUCGAGAUGACGUUAUGACAAUGGUCAACUUGAUGGGUGCUCAAUUCUCUAAGCCAUUGGUGGCAAACAAGGUUACUCAUCUCAUAUGCUAUAAAUUUGAGGGUGAGAAGUAUGAACUUGCCAAAAAAAUCCAUGCGAUAAAGCUUGUCAGUCAUCGAUGGUUGGAAGAUUGCUUAAAGGAUUGGAAGCUUCUGCCGGAACUUAACUAUAACAAGAGUGGCUAUGAGUUGGAGAUAUUGGAAGCAGAGGCUAAGGAUUCUGAAGAAGAGGCUGGAGACACUGUUGUGAGGCACUCUGGGGGGAAAGACAUGAAUAAGAGUCCUCAUAAUUCAAAAAUUGGGGUAUCAACAACCUCUGAAUUGCCGCCCAGAUCAGUCGGUGAACUUUCGAUUGCACCAAAGGGUCCAUUGAAUGUUGAUAAUACAAUAGAGAAAUCACCUGGUCAAGCUUCAAGCUUUGAUAAUUUUGAUGUUCUUAAAGCACUUCGCCGUCAGAACACUAGUUCUGAUGAGCUACCUGACCCACUUGAUGGAACUCCAGAUCAUUCAAAGGUGGGAAAUGACUUGAAAUCUACUCCUGGAAGUGCCGAAAGGUCAACUCAGCGUGAUGGCAAGUUUAGUCCUUUAAGGAGAUCCUCAAUUCCAAUGUACUCUGGAGAAGUAUUAGGAAAUUUAAGUGAUUAUUCUAAAAUGCCCCUGGGUAAAGUCAAUGAUGAUUUUUACAACUUUUCCUUGAAGAUGGAACAAGUGACAGACAGAUUUGGCUCUGGUCAUCUUGAAACAUCUAUGGAGGAAACUAAUUUAGUUGAUAGAGGAGAGUCAAGUGGUUUGUUACCCCAAAAGAGGACGGCGGAUGUUUCUUGUGGUGGCUUUAAAUCACCAAAAGUGAGUCUUAAUGUGAAACCAUGCAUCACAAGGAGUCCAGUGGUGGGUGAUAAAAUUCAGGUAUUGGAACUAACCACUCUGAUUGAUGGUCCCGGUGGAACUAACAGCUAUUUUCCACUGGGAAAUAAUGACCUUUCUAAGGAUGAGGCUGCUAAUCCGAAUGCUGCACCAAACUCAUUCGCUAAGAUAUUAACAACCAAAACCUCAAUUCCUUGUGAGAAGUCAUUAACAUGUGAUAUGCCUUUCUCCGAAAUUGUGACCACAAAGACUGGGCAAGGUAACUUUGUUGAUGAGAAGACACCUCAAUCAUCUUUGCAGAGCUUAAGAAAGUCUGCCUCAUACACCAGGCCUGACAUUGUAGAUUUUGAUAUGGGGGAAUCUGUAGUUGGAGAGAAAGGGAAGCAAGAGAAUGAGAAGCAAAAUGUGGAGUCUUCUCCCAGUAACAAAAAAUUGGAGACUCUGAAAUCUGACAAGCCUGGCAAUUUGAGCAUGCUUGAAGGAGGAAAUGACUUGUUUGCAAAACCAAUUAGGAAGAAGAUGGCUGCCAGAAAGACUCUGGGUUCAAGAUAUAAGUCAACUACUAAUAAUAUACAAAAAAAUAAAGCUACCUCCCAAAAUGAUGCUGUGGUUCAUUCUGUUGGAGUGAAAGAGACAGCAGAUCAUGAGAAGUCCUCUGUUUCUAUGCUGCUUGAGAUAUCUCCUCCAACUGAUAACAUUGAACCAGUGAAGGAGGUGGAGAUGAGAGAUGCCCUGAAGUCCGGGGAUGAUAGAGAGAAUAACAAUGAAUUGAUGGAUGAUGAAACUGAGGCUCCAGAGGACAGGCUUGAACAUGAGUUGGAGAAGCCACUUAGUGAAGAGAAGUCUGGGCUGGUUACAUUGACAGAUAAAGAAGAUACAAUCAUGGAAGAGAAUUCAGACAAGACGCAGCAUAUAACAAAUAACUGCAAGGAUAGUGUGCAUGAUGAUGUGAUGGCUUUAGAGGAAGGCACCAAGGGAAGUGAACCAGAAAAAGCAGUUUGUGACAAGAAGUUUGAACAUAUUGAAUCAACCUUAGAUGGAGAUGGUGUGAAAGGGAAGAUGAAUAAAGGGAAAAAGCGCCCUAUAGGUAGAACCAAGGUGAAGAUGGAUAUAAUGAAAUCUAAGAAAGGUAAGGAUGGUGAAGAGACUGUGACCGAGAACAGUGAGGGGACUGGGACAGAAAAGGAGGAAAGAGUGUUGCUUCCUUCUACCAAAACUAAGAGCUGCUCCAUUCCCGCAAAUAAGUCAGAGAACUCUGUUGAAGCGGAGAAGGAGAACAAGCCAGUUCAAAAUAUAAGUCAGGGAAAAGAGUCUGUUGGGAAAUCAUCUGUUAAUUCUAAUAUGACACCAAGGAAGGUCAAUCAAAAGGCAGGGAAGGUAAGUCCAAAUUCUUCAACAUCAGCAAGAGAUAUACCAAACAGAGUGAAAACUGAACCUGCAUGGUUUAUAUUGAGUGGACAUCAACUACAGAGAAAGGAGUUUCAACAAGUUAUUAGACGUUUGAAAGGAAAACUUUGCCGAGAUUCUCAUCAAUGGUCAUACCAGGCUACACACUUCAUAACCCCAGACCCAAUUCGCAGGACAGAGAAGUUCUUUGCUGCUGUUGCAUCUGGAAGGUGGAUUCUUAAGACUGAUUAUUUAACUGCUUGUAGUCAGGCAGGAAGAUUUUUGGCUGAGGAAUCUUACGAAUGGUACAAAAAUGGCCUAAAUGAAGAUGGUGCCAUCAAUUUGGAGGCUCCAAGGAAGUGGCGGCACAUGAGGGAGAAAACAGGUCAUGGUGCAUUUUAUGGAAUGCGCAUUAUCAUAUAUGGAGAAUGCAUAGCACCAACUUUGGAUACUCUUAAGCGUGCUGUGAAGGCUGGAGAUGGGACUAUAUUGGCAACUUCUCCUCCUUAUACCCGAUUUCUUAAUGAUCGAGUUGACUUUGCCAUUAUCAGCCCCGGCAUGCCACUUGUUGAUUUGUGGGUCCAGGAGUUUAUGAAACAUGAGAUACCCUGUGUUCUAGCUGAUUACAUAGUCGAGUAUGUUUGCAAGCCUGGGUACUCCCUUGACAAACAUGUUCUAUACAACACUCAUGCUUGGGCAGAGAAGUCAUUUGCUUACCUGCAGAGCAAGGCAGAAGAGAUUGUCAAGGAGUCCACAGACUCCACACCAUCAGAUGAUAAUGGUAGUAAUGAUAUAGCCUGCACAGUUUGUGGCUCUCAUGAUAAAGGGGAGGUCAUGUUGAUUUGUGGUAAUGAAAGUAGUUCUGUUGGUUGUGGGGUUGGUACCCACAUAGAUUGUUGUAAUCCUCCACUUCAAGAGGUCCCAGAGGAUGACUGGUUUUGUCCCAAGUGUAGUGGAAGCAGACACAGCACAAACUCUGCUAAGAGAAAGAAGAAAGGGUCCUCUUUAUUGAAAAGGAAAUGAUUUUUGAUAUCUUGCUUGUAACCCUUAUAGGUUUAGAAAAGGUAUCCAGAUCAAUUUUGUACGUCUAGUUGUGGUAAUAGCAGUAGAAUUUAUUAUAAAUGAUCCCAGAUGAUUGUAAUGUACUUUUAGAAAUUCCUUAAUCUGACUUGGGGACCUGUAAUUUAAAUAUUAACUGUUAUCGUGGCAGUACUUACCAAGGGAAGAAAAUGCUGGCAUUUUUUAUUA